AGCCAGGCAGCCAGUCAGGUGUGAGGGGCGGAGGAGGACUGAUGCUAGGCGCCCAUAAGACCCACUGAGCUACAAGGACACGAACACCACGGACAUGUACGAAGAAUACGUGGCUUUGAGUGACGAGGACAGCGAGGAGGACACCCACGGGCACGGCCACAGACAGCCGCCAGAGUUACAGGGCACUGUGUCAAAAUGGACCAACUACAUCCACGGGUGGCAGAACCGCUACAUGGUGCUGAAGGACGGCACCAUGAGCUACUACCGCAACCAGAACGAGACCGCCUUUGGCUGCCGUGGCUCCAUCAGCGUCAAGAAGGCACACGUCAGGCCCCAUGAGAUUGACGAGUGUCGCUUUGAUGUGUGCCUUAACGACUGUGUGUGGUACCUGCGCACCAGCACCGAGGAGGACAAACACCAGUGGGUCGAUGCCAUCCACCAGCACCGGGAAUGUGAUGGCCUAAGGCGGCAUGGUUCAGCCCUCUCCCUCACCUCCAACACACUGUCCACCACGUCAGGCUCCUCCCUAAAGAAGGCCAAAGGGCUGAGGGAGAAACUGGCGGAGAUUGACACCUACCGGGACAUUCUGAUCCGCCAGAUGGACACACUGCAGUCAUACUUUGAUGCCUGUGCUGAUGUUGUCAAGGACCUGAAGACCAUGGAGGCACCUACCUGUAACGGUCUUGAGCCAGAACACGAGAGUGCAGUGGAGGCAGCAAUAGCCCUGGAUGGUGGGGCAGCGGCUGAAUCCCUCACCCCAUCCCCAUCAUCCUCAACGGCAGGCCUAGGGCACAGGAAGCACUCCCCACCGCGCCACCCUCACCCUCACCCACACAUAACCAAGGAGACACUGCAGAAGCAUGGGGCAUAUGCUGCAGACUUUAGAGGGGAGGCACUGACCUUCAAAGCCACCACUGCCGGCAUACUGGCCACCCUGAGUCACUGUGUGGAGGUGAUGAACCAGCGGGAGGACUCCUUCAGGCGGCGGCUGGAACGCGAGGCAGAGAAGCGGCGGCGGCUGGAGGAAAGGCUGAAGCAUGCCCUCUCCCAGAACACUCAGGAGGGGCACACCACAGCAAGAGUGGUGGUGGUGGGUGGCCCAGACUAUGAGGAAGGUCCGCACAGUGUCAUUGGUGAGGACGAGUUUUAUGAUGCAGUGGAGUCAGCGCUCGACAAGAUGGAUGAGGAGGAAGAAUUCCGAGAACGGCUAAGACAGAAGCAGCGUGCGGCGCCCCAGCAGCUGGCCACCACACACCCACUCUGGCCUCAAAUUGACAAGCUGACAAUGGAGCAGCUUGGAUAUGCCCAGCAGGGUGUGGAGGGCGGAGUGUGGCAGUUGUUUGCUGAGGAGGGUGAGAUGAAGAUGUACCGGAGGGAGCUGGAGGAAGGCGGCCUGGUGGUGGACCCCCUGAAGGCUGUCCACCAAGUGCGGGGCGCCACAGCACACGAGAUGGUCCACCACUUCUGGUCCCCUGAUGUCAGAUUUGAGUGGGAUACGAGCAUAGAGCAGAUGACAGUGCUAGACCGGAUAUCCGAGGACACCUUGAUCUUCCUGCAGCUGCACAAGAGGGUGUGGCCCACUGCCCAGCGCGACGCCCUCUUCUGGUCACACAUUCGCAAGAUCCCACCAUCAGACCCAGCCAAUGGAGAUGCCUACGACACCUGGAUUGUGUGUAACCAGUCCACUGACCACCCCGACGCCCCAAAAGACGAGAAGGUGGUUCGGGUGGACUUGACAGUGUGCUUCGUGUGCCAGACUUUCCUUGAUCCUCCACCAGCAGAAGGGGAGGCGCCCACCCGGGACAACCUUCUCACCAAAAUCACCUACUGUUCCGUGGUUAACCCUGGUGGAUGGGCACCAGCAUCAGUGCUGCGGGCAGUGUACAAGCGUGAGUACCCCAAGUUCCUGAAGAGGUUCACCCAGUAUGUGGUGGACAAGUGUGCCGCGCAGCCCAUCAACUUCUCAGGUCUUCAGAUCAAGGACCACAGCAAGCACUGGAGAGGCUGAGGUGGCCAUUGUGUGUGUGUGUGUGUGUGUGUGUGUGUGUGUGUGUGUGUGUGUGUGAGGCAGGAAAGGACCAGUGCAGGCAAGUGGCCAAGGCUGUGAUUAAAGCAACACACCACCAGUCUCCAUCAUGUCUGCUUGAGUCACUGUGGGUGGGGGGGGCCGAGUGCACUGCCGCCAGGGUCACAGGAGUGUGUGGCGUGGCACAAUGCGGUGGUGAUGGGAGGGAUGCAAGGAGGUGUGGGACCCCAAUGAUGCAAAUGUUGCCAUCUCACUGAAAUGUAAUAUUCUGAUUCUCAUGUGUACUUUGGCACAAAACUUUGAUGGUUACUGUAAGAUCAUUCAAGUUUUGUGGCCACCUGAUUGAUGGAUGUUGUGAGUGAGAGAGAGUGAGAGUGAAAGGAAAGUAGCACAAAAUUUUGGAUGGUUUCUUUAUAAUCAUCUAGAUUUUGUGGGCCAGUAAUUGUCAUGUUUCUAAGAGAAAAGAAAGAGCACAAAAUUUUCAAGCCGUUGUUACACGAAUUAGAUUGUGGCUGAGUAAUUGUCAGGUACUGAGAGUGAAAGAGAGAGAGAGAUUAAAGAGUCAAAGAGAAUCAGAUGUUCCAAGUUGCCCAAAGAGUGUGCCUGUUAGUCAGUUCUGGGAUGUGUCUGAGGCCAAACACAGUAUGUAGCAAGACAGGGAAGACUUGUAGGAAGAGAAAAAGGAGAUAAAGCAGCAAUUCAUCAUAACUGAGCAACAUAACCAGAACUAGUGCUAGAAAAGAUACACAAGGAAUCAUCUGUGUGUGUGUGUGUGUGUGUGUGUGUGUGUGUGUGUGAGAGUGUGAGAAUGGGUGUACAGAUGUAGAAAAUAUGCCAACCAAUAUAUAUAUAUAUAUAUAUAUAUAUAUAUAUAUAUAUAUAUAUAUAUAUAUAUAUAUAUAUAUAUAUAUAUAUAUAUAUAUAUAUAUAUAUAUACAUAUAUAUAUAUAUAUAUAUAUAUAUAUAUAUAUAUAUAUAUAUAUAUAUAUAUAUAUAUAUAUAUAUAUAUAUAUGGAUAACCUUGCAUAAAGCGAGAUACAUGACAAACUAAGCUGUUGAUACCAUCUUGUGUCAGCAUGAGAGAGGCUGAUUAAUAGAUAAGUCUCUGGGUAAGAUAUGAUGAUAAUUACUGAUCUUUCCUACUCCUUCCACCAGAUAGCUGAGGAAGAGCAGGUGUGUGUGUCUCACGGGUGUGUCUUGCAGGUGUGUAGUCUUAACUGAGGACCUGAUUUUGCUGUGAUUUUAGCCAUUUUCCCCAGAAGGGUGUCCAGGAAGGCAGCGGCCUUGUCCCGUCCCCAAGAAAUGUCCUUGUGUUGUUCCUUCUUGUUUACUUCAUUUGUUUGGAAGAUUUUUCAUGUGUUUAUUCAGUUUUGUUUUGAUCAUUUUAGUUUUCAAUUUUCAUAUAUUUGUUUAAUUUGUUUUCAUAAUGUUAGCUUUCAUUUUUCAUGUUCCUUGUAUUGUUUUUGUACUUUGUGGUUCUUUUUAUCUUAAUUUUUGUAAUAAAUACUUUCUUAUCUUU